GAUUAACGAGGAAGUGAUGCUUACGAUAUUGUGUGUGUGUGUGUGGUAUAACGGCUGUCACGCAACUUUUGGGAUUGCUCACUGACUUGACCUAACGGUUCGACUUUCUUGGAUUAGUGAUUGUAGAAAACGGGCAUACAUGGGCCGACUGGGAUCAAAAGUGUCCCUGUAAGAUCGCGAAGAAACACCGCGAGGGGGGAUCCUUAAUCGUCUCCAGGACUGGACUCGUUAAGGAACAGACUUUGAAAGCUCAAGAAAAAAAGGACCAGCCUCAGGUUUCGGCUACAAGAGACAGAAAAGUGAUUCAUCUUAAAACUAAUACAGGGAGUAAUUGAGACAGUUUUUUAAUAAGUUCGGAUAUGCAAACCAUUACUGAAUCGUCCUUUAAUAACUCAGUGAUAGGGGUUUUCUCAGAAGAUGCGAACAGCGUCCAGAAUCAUAAAGCUAUUUCAAAGUACGAAGACUUUGGUUUUAAACUCGCAGUGAUAGCUUCCAUUGUCAGCACAGCCGUAAUUUUAUUGAUGAGCGUGGCUUUUUUAACCAAUUGUCUGAUCAAAUGUGUGAAGAAGAGUGAGAGAAGGAAACAACAGAGACAAUUGCAAACCUGGUACCAGAUUGAAUGUGAUGUAAUGGAAGGGUCAAGAGACUUUUUCCAUGGACACAAAGGCAGAAACAAUAACAACAAUAAACUCUGGGCUAGUACAUUAACAACAGAAUUAGGAGUGGAUGGUUUGGAGAAUAUCAGAUUUUCCAGGUGCCAAGAGAAGAUCACAAAUGACUUUGAAAUCACAGCAGAUUGCAGGCAAAAUGGACCCCAGAAAUCUUUUCAACCAUUGAAUCCACAGGUUUCUAGAAAAUACGAAUUCACUGAGUCAGUGAUUUUAUUGGAUCCACUUACUGACAGGCACAUUGUUGAAACUGACAAAUCUCAUCAAUCCCAACAUAAAUCUGCUCACUAUAUUCCAAGAUAUCAUCCUUGACACAGGAAUCGCUGAAUACCUGUCAAUAUAAUGGUAACUGAGCAGACAUGGGUACAGAACAUAAAUACUUGGAAGUGACAUGUGCCUUAUGACAAUGAUUAACAUAUCAGCAGACUUGAUUUUAUUUAAAUUUUAUUGAGGAAAUGUUUACGUUCAAAGAAAACAAUGUUCACCAAUGACAAUCAGCCAUUUCAAGGAACUCACAUAUCUGUUUGAAGAUCAUGAAUAAACAUUGGCUCUGGAUUGGUAUGAAUAAUUAACUUCGAAUUUCUGUAGUGCAGUUCUUGAAGCAUGGCCGUUAUUAUUUACUCCUCUGUAACUCACAUACAAUAAUUGUAUGUCUGGCUUAACGUCUGUUUAAUGUACUUGUUAAACUAAUCAUUUUCAUUAUUAUUCACAUUUCUCAUACAAUUGCAAAUUAAGCUAAUGAAUCCAUUACUACACUAGCUAACUUCAGACCUAUCAUAUUUUAAGAUGAAAUGCAGCAAGUUUUUGCCUCAAGAACUUUUCAUCCAGUUAUACUACAGCCAAAACAAGAUAAAUGAAGAAUGGUGUCAUCCAAACCUUCUUGUUGAAUUAACAUUGGAUAACUGCGGACAUGACUUUUGAUUAGCCUUAUACACAAAUUAAGAUUUGAAAAUAACUUCACACCUUGGAGCAUACAUAUAUACAGUUACUUUCAAAGUAUCUUCGUGACUAUUCAUUUUGACCAUGAGAGUUUCUUGCUAUUGAAAAAGAUGAGUGUGGGCCAGCUCUGUAAAUGUUGAAUUGCUGGUCAGCACUGUUUUUUAUUUGUUGAAGCAAGAUUAAACUUGAUUGUUCUAGUAUUCA